AUGGCCAUGUGUAAAGAGUGACGACUGAUGGAGUUGUUUUAAUUAUAAUCUUAAAUAUAGUAACUUGAAGACCUUGAGUGUAAUGGCAGCAACACUUUUAAGCACAAGUUUCCUCUGCAGUGACUUUCAUCCCAAAAACCUUAUUGGAGUUACCAGGGACAAAGACGAGCACCUAUUGAUAACAUGUAAAGGAAACGUGAAGCUUUAUAAUGUUGUUGACCGAAGAGAGGUGAGAAGUUGGACAACAAAGAGCUGGCACCCCUUCACCUCCGCUGCUGUCCGUGACCCAGUAUCAGACAAUGUUGUUGCUGUCAUCAAAAACACAAACAUAUCCCAGUGGAGUCAUGCUGAAGAUGACAUUGACAAAGUUAAGAGGCGUAGUUUUGAAACGUCAAUUCAUCAGUUGUUGGUCAGUGGAGAUAUUGUUUACAUUGUCUUUACUAGUGGUCAAGUUGAGGAACUAACCACUGCACUGAAUUCUCGAAAGGCUCCCAAGCCAGGAUUCUUAACAGAGGGAGAGUCCAUCAGCUAUGUGGAGAUCAUCAAGGAUGCUAAGCGCAUUGUUAUGGUGGUGGAGAAAAAGGAUGGUUCCCUCAAAUUGUUUCACCUACAACUGACUGACUCUGUCUCGAUGGCCUCCAGUAGUUACAGUUUAGCAUUGAAGGAUGCCAGACUCACGGGAAUCUGCGCCCUGUCAUCUUCUAAGCUCAUUACUAUAUGGUCUACAGGAGAACUGUUCUGCUUUGAUCUUCGGAAAGACAAUCUUGAGAAGUUACCUGGACAGCACCUUGUACAGGAGAAAUGUAUAAACACUUCCAAAAAUUCAAAGAUAUUGGAGUUAUCAGCAACCCAUGUAGCUAUUUUUGGCUUGGAUAAAAGAGAUGAAGGUGGAUUGUUAGUUCUUCGUGACAUAAAAUUUGAUGUGGUCACCAGCAGCCGUAAACUGAAGAUGUACCAAAAUCCGCCUCAAGCUUGGGUCUCAUCAGAGGGUGUGAUAGUUGCUGAGGGUGGAUCCUUAGCUCUCAUCCCAUUUAUUGUUCAAGAGUCCAACCUGGCUACUGUAUUUGGUUCCAAAGUAUCAGAAACACGUGGAACUUCGUCAGAAGCUUGUCAUAGCUGGCUAGAAAACGACUCCACGAACCAAAUAGUGCCAAAGGAAGCAAUGGACACUAUAUUCUGUAAAAUGAGCAAGGAACUAAGUGAAAUAGUUCAAAGUCUAAGUAGAGGAGCCUUGUCUGAGAGUUUAUUUGUAUCCGAUGUGGUGAGUCAUAUGAUUGAGAAAAAGAAGCUGUUACUCCUGGAUGAGGCCAUGGAUAAGUUCAGCAAUAUCCCUGAAAGUUGUCUUAUCGAUGUCCUCAAUUUGUAUAUGCUGUGUAAAGACAUGGAGUUUGAGGAACUCUGCAAAUAUCCUAUCCUGCAGAUGGAAUUUGAACCCUUGGAAGAAGAUACAGAUAAAAUCAAAUGUCCAUUUGGCUCUGGCAAGGCACACUUCAUAAAUGGCAUUUUAAACAAGCCCUUCACAGACGUCCAGCUGCUAAAAGAUUUGCCCAAAAUUUCUUUUGAUAAUGCUCUCAGUCUCAUUCAGUAUCUUCAUUAUUUAAUAACAACUGGUGAAGCAGAGCAGAUUCCAGCAGAAGAUGUGCGAGUACCAUCACUGCACCAGGCUAGUUAUUGGCUCAGCUUGCUGCUUGAUGUCAACUACCACCAGUUGGUUAUGACUUCUGAAGUCAGCAUUCACCGUCUCCUCCUCUCCUGCUUCACUCAGGUCACAAACAUGCGCAAGUUUCUCGAAGGACUGGUGGAUACGGAGCAUUUGUUUGAGCGGGUCAUCAAGGCAAAGAGUCUGUCCAAACAGUCGGAAGGCUACGGAAUGUACACCCUUGAGCGUCUGGUUAUUACAUAAUGCCCUAUCACUUCUUCAAGGACAGUACAAUACAGCAUUACCAUCACAUCAUAAGGGAAUUAUUUCUUACUCCUAUGUUUUAAAGAAAGAAUUGAUAUCAGGCAUAAGUGAACUGGGUUAAUACAGGAAUUAUUUGAGGUUUGCUUUUGAUCGAGAACAUUUGUAGGAGACGACAUAAGAACAUAAGAAUGGAGGAAACUGCAGCGGGUCUAUUGGCCCAUACUGGGCAGCCCUGUUUAAUAUGGGCUAAUAGGCCCACUGCAGUUAGUGUACCUCCAUUCUUUUGUUCUUAUGUAUAUAAGUCUCCUACAAAUGUUCUCAAUCAAAAGCUAAUAUAAAAUAAUUCCUGUAUUAACCCAGUUCACUUAGACAGUUGUAAAGUUUUUAUGUUUGUUAUUUCUAUGAAGUCUUUAAUGAAACUGUAGAUAUAAUACCAAGAUAUGUCCUGAAUGUUAAGACUGUACUGUACACUUUAUUUUAUAUAAAAUAUACAAUACUACUGAAAAUAUUUCAAUAAAAAUUACAAUAUCA